CUCCAGUUAUAAAAUUUAGAAAGAAUUUUGACCUCUUCCAAGCCCCAACUUAAAAGUCAUUUCGCUUGUAUGUUUUUAAUACUCAACAAAGAACUCAAAAAUAUUGGAAAAGAAAAACAAAAAAUGGGAAAGAAGAGAAGAAGCAAGAAAAUUAACCAAGAGAAACAGAGGCAUGAUCCAGAUGAUAAUAACAACCCAACAACCACUUCAAGCUCCAGGUAUUUGGAUAUCAGUAGUCUAAAUGAUGAUGUACUUCACCAUAUUAUUCCAUCACUUAUCCAUAUAUGGAAGCAUGAUGAAGGGAAAUCGUAUAAUCAUGUCAAUAUCCCAAAAAGUAAUAAGAUAGACCCUAAUGAUUACAUCAGUCAUUUGCCUGAUAACAUCCUUCACCACAUCAUUUCCUUCCUCCCUUUUGAAUCUGCUGUCCGAACUUCUUUCCUUUCAACUCACUGGAAACACCUCUGGAAAGAGGCUUUGUUGGAACUAGUCCAUGAUGUAAUAACAAUGGAAGCUGCCACUAAAGUCAUACAAAGCUUUGUUGAUGAUUUCGAUACACACUAUAGGCCUAGAAAUAAAUGGGGGUUCAGAUUUGAGUUUAGUCAUGGAAGAGGCAAGUUUGCUGCUAGCAUUUCCAGCAAGGGUGCACUUCAACUUGAUUUUUCAGCUGGUAAACAAGAAUUACCAAGGCCAUUUGAUUUGUUUUUGAAGCCGAAUCUUGAAUCGGCUAACCAUUUAUCACCUCCAUACAUGUGGUUUGAUUGGGGGUGGCAUGAGGAAAAUCACCCACUGCAAACCCAACAACCAUCUUUAAACACAAUGAAAAUAAAAUCAUUGUAUCUCAUAUCAGUAAACCAGCUGUCAAAUAUGGCAGUUUCUUCAUUGGUGCCAAAUUUGCCAUUUCUGCAAAGCUUGACUAUCGCCAAAUGCAAUGGAUUACAAUCUUUACAGAUAAAAGAGGCCAAAGGGCUUCAUAAAUUAGUGGUCCUCGAUUGCCCCCGUUUACAAUCUCUCAGUUUUGAAGGUUGCUGUUUGGAGUGUUUCAGAUACAGAGGCCACUUAGUUUCCUUUCGGUUUCAAUUGUACUGCAAAUGUAAUUCUUCUGGCGGGUUUUAUAUACGUGACUAUGGACUGCACCAGGAAGAUGCCAUGCUUGAUCUUAGGCAAGGUCCUCUAACAGAAUGGACAUGGGACUUUAAGCCUUCCUUUUCUCCUUAUUAUUAUGGUCUCUUGAAUUUUGAAAGAAACGAUUGUGAGUGCGCCAACAAGUAUAAAUGCUUCGACUCAAUUUUAAGAACUAUAAAUGGUUUUCGAUCUCUAACAAUAUGCAGAUGGUUUUUCGAGACAUCAAUGUGCAAGAAAUUGCCCUUUUCAAGUAGAGACCCUCUUUUCUGUUUGAGGAAACUAAAAGAGCUUUGGUGGAUUGAUUGUUCAAUGGAAAGAGAAUCUAUUAACGCCUUACUUUGCUUUCUGAAGCUUUGUCCUAACUUGGAAAGACUUUAUAUCACCAUCGAUCCAAAAUGCUACGACAUGCCUAGCACAGCAAAAUUCUCAACUUUAGUCAUUGUUCCUGGCAAGCUCAAUGAUCUCAAAACUGUAAAACUAGAAGGAUUUGCAGAUGAAGAAAAGGAGAUUUUCAUGGCAAGGCGAUUAUUACCUUUAUUUGGAGACAAUAAUCCUAUUAUUAUAUCAAAAUCAAAAGGGAAAUAUUUGAAACAUCUAGUGAAAGUAGCCAAGUUAGAGAAGAAAGGGAAGUACCCGUAUAAGUUUAAAGCGGUUGAAAAUGUUGAUGAAAAUUUUUCGGAUCAUGUUCAUAUGAACCUUUAUUAGUAAGAAUUGUGAAUGAGCUGUAUAUUCUCACAGCUGGAUCAUUGCCACAUUAUAAGGGGUUGCAACCUCUUUUGGAUUUAUUAUCAGAUCUGUUAAGAAAAAGGACAUUUUUAUGAAUCUAUUUAAAGGCACUCAUUUAUGGUUGGAAAGAACAUAGUUUUCUGAAUAAUAAUCUAAUGGAUUAGUUUUUUUUC